AGAUCCCAACUAAAUCCCCAUAUAAAAAUCCUAACUAAAAACCCCUACAGUCAAGCUAUAUAAGUAAUUUUUAUAGAUAAUUAAAUACCAGAUCGUCGAUACCUUACCAACAAGGCUUCUCGUCUUCGGCAAUGCAUCCCAAAACCAUUAACUUGCUGUUGGUCGUUGCCUUAAGCUGUAUCCUCCUGCCUAAGAUCGACGCUUGGUGGCUCGUCGGGAAAAAUGGAAACAACCGUCAAUGUCCUUGGAGAAGAAGUGCUGACCCAUAUUACUUCGGUGACACAAACAUGCGGUGUUUGGGAAAAGGAAAGCGAAGUGUACCCUCAAGAGGAGUCUGGGAGUUGACCCAUCGCGUUAUUUAUUACAAAGGGUAUUACUUCGAGUUUCUUGAUAACUCAAAGGCCUACAUCGGAAAAAAUAGGUUUGCUCAUGAUAGAUGUCCCGGGGGUCUGGAAAGCUCGGCGGCUGGAUACAGUGAACUGAGUCUCGAAUGCAUCAAGGGAUGUGCCAGAAACUACAGGUGUAAAUACGGAUACUACACACUCCUUGGAAAUAAUUGCAACGUAUUCGCCAAUCGCAUCUCCGCAGUCCUCUGCGCCAGUGGAGGACAUUGUCCCUCCUGGUGUCGUGGAAAUUGUAACGACGCUGAGGAACAUUAGAUCAGGAUCGUAUGAGCUCUAAAACAAUGAAAUGUAUCUAUUAAAGCACACUUGAACGAUUUCUUAUAUAGAAAAAAAAAACCGAGAAGGAAAACUUUAAUCAUUUAAUAUUUGUUAGUUUGAUAAUGUAUUGGCGCUUCUGAUUGGUAGAAAAAUAUCUUUGAUACCAGCAUUAAUAAAACUUGGGCCGGAUCUACUUUUACUCAACUGUUCUGAUUUAACACUAUUUAUAGAACGGAAAUUUCCAAAAUAAACACUGUUAACAAAAUAUGAGUUGUGUCUGUUUAAUUGUUAGGAAACAAAAUAUAACUUUAUAAAUCUAAAAUAUUAAAAGUUUAACCCUAAAAAAUAAGCAAUACACAUUAUUUAAUUUACUAAAUAGGAAAUAAAGCGUCUUCUCACGAUUUCGUCUGCUUGAGAUCAACAUUUACUGCGAGGCUGACUGUUCCAAGUCCAGGAAUAAUUAUAACGAACCUUUAGGCCUAUACAUGUGUAUACUUUUACAGUGACACUGCUGUUCAGAUUUGGUAAAGAUCAAUUUUAAAUUAACCCACGAACAUGAUCAGUCAUCAAAAUAAGCAUCGCAAAUCUGUAAGUAAUGUAUCAUAACGGAAAUUCUAUACAAAUUGGUUAAAGUGUAUGCGUUAUAUCUAAAUAAAACGCUACUACUGACCACGGUGCGUCCGAUCAUUAGUAUGCACUUGAUCGCAUUUACUUCUUAGGAGGAAAAUGUUGUAGCGCAGUGUCCGUGCGUAUAAAAUGGGGGUGCGAGAAACACAGCUCUCCAGUAGUCAUCUGGAAGCUGUCUUUCUGCCUCCUCUUUUAUACAGGUAAGAUAAAUUAUAACGCUUGUGCGCAUUCUCAAAAGUAAAGUUAAUAGAUUCAGAGGGUUCAACUAAUAUUUUAUUUUCAGAGAUUUCUGUAAUAAAUAUUAUUGUAAUUUCGUUGUAAUUAAUAUUGAUUUUUAUUGUUAAAAUGUCAUAUUAAAUUAAUAAAAGAGUAGUCAUCUAGAAGCUGUCUUUCUGCCUCCUCUUUUAUACAAACUGGGACACGGGCUAUUCCCCGUGUAGAGGAGGAGACACUCCGGAAACACCUUGGCUAGGGCACCCCCAGGUGUGGCCAUGUUGGAACAAAGAUCUCGAGGAUCUAAAUAAAUUAAAUAUCAUAACACUCCAUAUAUCCCCUAAUGGACUUUUAUAAAAUAGUACUGGAGGCGUUAUGAUAAGUGCAUCAACUCUUUCGACGUUUUCCAAUCAGCAGAUAUAUUAUUUACGUAUCUCACUAUCUAGUAACCACAACAUUUUCAAAAGUUGCACAUACAUACUAUUAUUUUUCGACAUAUUUUCGUGCACGAUCGCGUCUUCUUGCAUGGUUAUGCCCAGUUGCAUAUUCAAGCGAUCUCACUUGCAUUGAAACCAGUUUUGACGAAUACUGCUGCAAAGUUAACAAUAUCACAAGCCAUCGCAUGUAUAUUCCUUUAAUUUUCAAUUUAGCCGGUUCAGAUUUCAGCUUUCUAUUUGACUGUGUUUAAUCCAUUAAAUAUAGCUCAGUAGCUGUGCAUUAACUGAAGGGGCAUCCAUUUUGAAAAUUGUUGCUGUUAUACGCGCCGCUUCGUUUACAUUUCUUACAUUUUUUAGCAAUGACACUUCACAUUUUAUGAUUAGAAACUGUUUUUGUUAAAUGAUAAGAAAUAAAUUUAACAUUUUUUCUAUUGAUCGACGUAAAAAGGAAAAAUUAACCGGGAAACUUUAUCAUCAAUGCGUUUUCCUGUCAAGUUUUCCUUUGAUACGCCAAUCAAUAGAAACAACUAUUAAUUUCAUUUCUUAAAUCAUAAUAAUAUUACUAUUAAUAUCAGAUUUAUCUCAGAUGACUUUCAAUAUACGAUGAAACCACAUUUCGCAACAAGCAUACAAUUAAUACGUAUCAAAUUAUAUCAACAUAUUUGGUACAUGUAUCAUUUAUUAAAGUAUUUAUGGAGACUACAUGUAGUCAGCCAACAGAUUUACCUUAUUCAUUUUUAAUUUUUGUUAAAUAUGAAUCAUUAAAUUUUGAAAGAUGUAGUCUCACAACUGCAAUGGUGUGUUUAACAGCGUAAGUAUAAUAUCAGACCGUGAUUCGGUUUGAAUCGCGAGGAGAGUCAGUCAUGUUCUUCGAGAAACACUGAAGGAAGAUUGUGCUCAUACUCACCAGAUUUGGUGAUUGGGUGAUCUGUGUAAUGUUUAAAUAUCACUCAAUCAGUGCAAUUUAAUAGGGAGAAAGAACGUAAAUGUAAAUAUUCUAAUUUACAUGUAACUAUAUAUAAACUAUAUGUAAAGAAAAAAAUAAUAUAUUUAACUUUAAAAUUCGAAUAUUUUCCUGAACCUUUACACAGAGCUCUUCUCUUAAUGAGAUCAAUUUUUGUUCUAAUUAAAUGUGUGUCCUUGGGAUGUAC